GGCAGCAUACGCGUCGUCGAAGGAAUCCCAGUGGGCUGCACUCAAAAUGAUAAUGCCGAGCGAGCAGCAGACUGUCUGGCCAAACUGGGCUCGACGGUUCCAUGCACAACAACGACAUACCCAGUCAGCCGUCUCAUCUUCAACCUUCAUUCGGACACCAUCGACGGUAACUGUCGCAGUUUGAGAGAGCGAACAGGCGUCGAUCAUCGCUUGGAACGACUUCCAAGCGGUCCAAUCAACAAAACUCCGCUCUACACGGUGAUCACGGGUGUUAACACCAACAAAAUUCUUCGAAAUGUUGGAUGCGGACAAUCAUAUACGGCUGCAGAAUUGCCCGCAAAUAAGCCAAAGAACAGGGCUACUCUUCGAGGCGGGAAUUCAUCGCCGCACAGGGGCCGUUACCGACAACCAGAGACGCGGCUCAGUGACCUUUUGGCAGUCAAGAAAAUGGCGUGGGAGCAGUACUGCCCGGCAAUUAUUGCCUUAACGAAGUGUGUGGAGAAAGGGCGUGAUAAAUGCCAUCAAUACUGGCCUGAUGUUGAACAUUCGAGCGUCGUUUACUCGGAUAUCGAAGGUAAACAGAUUUCAGGACUCGAAUCCGAUACCAAUCGCAAAAUCCCCCUGUUUAGCUCUGCUCUGAAUGUUCCGCUCAAGGCUCGCCGACUCUCUGCCUUGAACAAGCCGACCAUCGUUCACUGCAGUAAAACAAUUUUAAAUUCAGUGCUGGAGUCGGAAGGUCGGGUACAUUCAUUGCAAUCGAUCGUCUUCUGCAAACAAUACAAAUUGAUCGGCCCAUCGACGUCUUUGGAAUUGUGCACGAAAUGCGAUACGAACGGUGUCACAUGUCCCAGCAAUGAACAGCAGUACAUCUUCAUCCAUCACUGUAUCCUUCAUGCCAUCGAGUCCAUCGCCUCUGAACGCUCAGGAAUGACAACCGAACUGCAUCAGAAUCCGGUAUUCGAGGACGAUGACACUAUUGCCGAGUCUGAUUUCUAG